CCGGGUCCAUGGAUUCAGCAACUCCGUCGACCUCAACGAUUUGCAGCCAAAAAAAAUUUUAUCAGAAGAGAGUGAACAAUCUCAAUUGCAUUAACAAUGGCGACGGUGCCACUGCCAGAAAACUCCUCAGAAGAGAAGCCAGCCAUAUCACCCAACGACUCCAUAAGUCACAGUCUCCAUACCCUAGAGCAAUCUGCCACUCCGUGGAUCGACUACGCGGUCGAGCAGGCUCGGGUUUACCAGAAGACCAUCGAAGAGACUUUCGAGUCCGCCAUCGAAGCUUCUAGAUCACGUCUCUCCGAGAUUCGGUCCACCUCCGCUGCUCAUUUCAGCCAAACCAUUAACUCUUUGGAAGAUAUCAAGUCUGAUUAUGGUACUUAUGAGGAUAUGUUUUUUGGGAAGAUUAAAGAGGGUGUUCUUAUUGCGGCUUCACAUCCCAUGAUUACUGGUGGAGUUGCUGCUGGUUUGGGUCUUCUGGUUUUAAAAAGGCCACGACGCCUGUUGUACCACAAAACUUUGCGCCUUUUUGUGAGCGAAGAGUCUUUACUUUCUAGAGCUGAUGCCAAAGUAAAGGAGUUGCGACAUUCAAUUGAUCUUCUAAAGGCUGAAGGUGAAAAAUUAGAGAAGAGGGCUUCACAUGCUGAAGAGGAACUGAUAAGGGGAAGGACAAAACUCAGACAAACAGGGAAACAAAUUGAAAGUGUCAUUCGCUCAGCUUAUAAGAUUGAAAGACAAGCAGCGGGUUUAAAAGAUAUCCUUGGUGAACUUCCUAGAAGAGAAGCAUCCAUGUUCCGGUCACAAGUCUCCAAACUAGCUACCGAGGCAAAGCAAGAAAGGAAUGCUUUGACAAAGGAAGUCACAAAAAUUAGCAAUUAUGGGAUCUCAGUCUGAGAAUUCUUUCACAGCCAUUCCCUCAGUUACAGUGACUUCAUACAAGUGUCAAUAAUUGAAUUUAUUGGAGUUCUUAUAACUUUUUGUUCAUGAGUCUUUUUGUAGAAGCAAUAUUGCUUAAGAAUACAAAUUUCUCAUUUUUUUGGUUCUUCUCCUUCGGCAGGAGAUAGGCCAUACAGAAAAAAGUUUGAGUUUUGUGAUUAGUUCAACUACAGGCUGAUAAUUAGCAACAAAACGUCCCCAACUUGCUGGGAAUUCUCCAUUAAA